AUGACGACCACUUACCAGAAUCACGUGCAGGAAGCAGAUGUCACCCUUAUAGUGAUUGGACAAUCAUCCUACCAUCAUAUUGAGCCAUUCUGCAGGCUGACUGGAUAUUCCCACGAAAUCUAUGUUGAUCCUGAAAGAGAAAUUUAUAAAAGAUUGGGAAUGAAAAGAGGUGAAGAAAUUUCCUUGUCAGAACAGAGUCCCCAUGUCAAGUCGAACCUCCUCUCGGGAAGCCUGCGGAGCCUGUGGCGGGCAGUGACCGGCCCUCUCUUUGAUUUCCAAGGAGACCCAGCUCAGCAAGGUGGAACCCUCAUUUUGGGUCCAGGUAACAAUAUCCACUUUAUUCACCGCGACAGGAAUAGGUUGGAUCACAAACCUAUAAACUCUGUGUUACAGCUUGUAGGAGUUCCCCAUGUGAACUUCACAAGCGGACCUUCAAUUAUCCACGUGUGACUGAAUGCAGACUCUGUCCCUUCCAGAUGGGCCCCUGAAAACAUGACCUCCGUGACAGGCAGGAAGUACGCAGGUUGUGACUCAUGGGCUUGUCCAGCCUUGGAGAGGUCUGAAAAACGUAAGCGGUUGGGUGCCAGGUGAAUUACAAUCUGAGAGGCGUAGUUAUCCAAAAUAGGGAAUACAUAUUUACAAUUCUAUCACUUUUACAGUUGUGUAUAACUAAAUAUAAAUAUACGGAAGAAAAUGUUAAAGGUCAUUAAAUUAUGAAUACAUUAAUGAAGUGUUUUUGGCAAAUUAAAAUAUAUAAACAGAAUACAGGUGUGGUGAUACAGGCCUGUAGUCUUAGCUACUUGGAAGGAUAUAAGAAAAUCUUGUCAUGAGCCAGGAGUUUGAGGCACCAGUGAGGUACCAUUUCCAAAAUGCGUAUAUUUAUGAAAUAUAUAAAGGGAAAGGAAAGAACUGAAUACUACUUAAUUCAAUUAAAAAAGUAUCUUAGACAAGUGUAUUAGUAUAUUCCUGUGAUCCCAGCACUUAGGAGGCUGAUGCAGGAGGACUGCAGCAAGUUUGAGGUCAGUGUAAACCCACUUGAACAUGAUGAAUUCAAACCCAGCCUGCACUACAGUCAGACUUUGUCUCAAAACAAAACAGAUAUUAUCUCCAAUUCUGUAAUCUAUGUAACCAUCUUUAUAAUUAUAUAUGUGU